AUGAGCAGACGAGUCGAGGCGUCAUGUACCAAGAUCACUGCAGACGUGCAAUGCUUCGUUUGCAAGUUGCGAGACGCAGAUCCUGCGAUGGAAGCUGUGGAGAUGUGUUCGCUGGACGCCAGGAUGCCGAAACCAAGGUCGAAAACAGACUGUAACAAGACGGAUUUGAAUCUUGACGAACGAAUGGGGCUGUCGAUCAAGAUGUAUGAGGAGGUUGAUGAUGAGAUCGAUGGCGAGAAGGUGCUCUGCAAGCGAUUUGUCGAGUGGACCCGCAACCUCGACUUGGACACCGGCGUCAAGAUUGAUUGA